AAUGCGCGUAAUUAUAUAAAAUAAUUAAUAAUAAUAAUUAACAAAGAUAUAUAUACCUACUAAAUAAUCAUUAUUCUUCCAAUUGCGAGUAAAUCGAAUCGAUAUUUAAAGUUAGUAGCAAAUUAAUUACCAACAAACAAAACAAAAACAUAAAUUAACUUAAAGUUCGUUGAAACCUUUUCGAUUCAAGUUAGAGCCAUACAAAAAAGAGUUGUGAAUACAAAAAGAAAACAAAACUUAAAGAAAAACAGAAUAGAACAAGUUAAAAAAACAUACACACAUAGACAUUACAGUACAGUACAGUACAUAACUGUGUACGCAAUUAGUAGGUUUUAAACGAGAGACAUUUUAAUCCAAUUUUAAAACGAGCUUCGAGACACCUCUCCUCUCCUCUGCCAUCCCCGUAAAUCCCCACCCCGUAAGACACGCCCCACAUAAAAACACACACGAGCCGAACAUUAUCCUUAACCUUAACCAGAGCCAGGAGCCAGAGCCACACGGUUACGGCUACUACAGGAGGCAGGCAGUCCCCCAAAGAACAAGAACAAUCAAACUACAUACACCCGUCGCCCGUUGGCCCGUUGGCCCGUUGGCCCGUGUGGCGCCGUGUUUGGCUCGGUGCCAGCGCCUAAAUUUAUACAAAUUUGGACCUCCAAGGCGCCCAGUGGCAUACAAGGACAGCGACGACCUUCGCGUGUGCAAGCGUCGGCGGUUGCACAAUAAAGGACGCCACUCACACUUAGACCCAAACACACACACACACACACACACACACACACACACACACUUAGACACACACAUACGCGUACCCUUAGACAUAUAGAAAAGCCUCCCCUUCCCCCACAAGUAGACUUCAUAUGGGUGGCCGCCAUGACCGGAAGUGAGCUACGGUCACGUCCACUGGCCUUUGCAUAACAAUCAGCAGCAGCAGGAGCAGCAGCAGCAACGGCAACAGCAGCAGGGGGAGAGAGCACGACAACAACAACAGCAACAACCAAGAGCAGGGCAACUUUCACUCUCUGUGGCUGGCAAAAAUGCAGGAAAUGAGCUACCUGCAGGAUAAUUCCAAAGUGGAGGCCCUCACCAAAGCCGUGCUCAUCUCCAUACUGGGCGUGGCGAUAGUGCUCUCCAAUCUCCUCAUCAUUGCCACCUAUGCCAAUUUCAAGGGUCCCACAGAGGUAAUCAACUACUAUCUGCUGUCCCUGGCCAUAGCCGAUCUGCUAUGCGGCCUCCUGGUUGUGCCCUUCUCCGUAUAUCCCGCGCUUACGGGCGAAUGGAUGUACGGGGAUAUACUGUGCCGCUUCACGGGCUACCUGGAGGUGACCCUCUGGGCGGUCUCCGUCUACACAUUCAUGUGGAUCUCGGUGGAUCGCUAUCUGGCGGUGCGCAAGCCCCUGCGCUAUGAGACAGUGCAGACAAAGACGCGCUGCCAAUGCUGGAUGGUGUUCACAUGGAUAUCCGCUGGACUGCUAUGCUGUCCGCCCAUACUCGGCUACACGAAGCCGAUUGAGAAUAAUCUGUCGCACAUCUGCAUGCUGGACUGGGGCAACAUGGCGGCAUAUAGUGCCACAUUGGCGAUAUUAGUUUUAGGUCCCAGCCUCAUAUCGAUCGUACACAACUACGGCUAUAUCUUUGUAAUGAUGCGUAAAUUAAGAUCGGGCGAGCCAAUACACGAUAAAGAAUAUGCAACUGCUCUGGCUGAAAAUUUGUCAAACCCUAGUCAUAUGAUGUCAUUCGCAUUAGUCUUUGCAUUCUGGAUGUCCUGGCUGCCAUGGAUCUCAGUGAGGCUGUAUGAGGUGGUCACGGGCGAUGUUAUCCAAAGUACUCUUAUUAAUUUCGCAGUCGUUUGGAUUGGCGUAUUGAAUUCAUUUUGGAAAAUUCUAAUCAUGACCAGUAUGUCGCCGCAAUUUCGUAUCGCUUUGAGAGUAUUUUGCUUAACCAUUUGUUGUAAGACUAAGGGCCGUUUGCAAGCUGAGCUAAUCGGGUUGGACCCAGAUGACUAGAGUUAGAUUUAGAUUUUCAUUACCUCAAAUCCCAAUGCCCCCGUUCAAAUAUAUAUCCCCAAAUAACCCCACCCCCGAUAUCCUGUUAAAGCAAACGUUAAAAUUUCCCGCAAGUAAAAAUUGGUUGUAAUUGCAUCUUGAAGCCAUCUCUCUCUAUCUUUCUCUCUGUCUCUCUGUCUGUCUGAAAUAAAACAGAACAGAACAGAAUAGAAUGAAAACACACACUCUUUCCUUACUUGCUAUUUUGCCAUAUAGUUGCAUAUUUACGAAGGCCCGUUUGGCAAUACGUGACAUAAUGAAAUGAAUGCCAACACACUCCACUCAACAACAGUCACAGCCACCAGCCACAACACUCUCAGUCACAACUACAGCAGCACCACACAGCCAUAGACACCACACACACUCAGACAAACGUUGAAAGACAUAUUCAUAUAUCCUAGUUCGUAAGGCUAGAUCUAAGAGUUUUUAGCGGUAUCUAAUUAUGAUUGAUUGAUUGAUUAUUAUGUAUUGUGUAUUUAUGAGCUUAACAAAGUAUAUACAUAUAUGUACUAUAUAUGCCUAAGUAUAUUCAAUUGGAUUGACUUAUAUAUAUCUCUACUAUAUGCAUACAUAUACGUAGAUGAAAACCACGCCUAGUUUAGCAAACGAUUCUAAUUCCGAUCGUAGACGAGUGACGACAAUUCACGUAUUUGAGGGAAACGGAAACGAAAACGGUUAGCCAGCACUUCCGUUUCCGGCUAACCAACAAAAUCAUAGCAUAGCGCUACUACUUACUCGUACUACGUAUGUAUGUAUGUAAAUCUUUCGGGUUUAGAAUAUUUAAAAGUUCUACACGAAAACAAACAAACAAAAAUUUGAAUUAAAGUAAAGUAAAGUAAAGAAACCUUUUUCAAAGUCCAUAUUAAGUAGCAUUUAGUAUUUUACAAACAAUCGAGUAGAAAUUAUUAAACAAUUUGCCAAACAUUGCCGAAAAGAGUUCAGAACAAACCUUUCUCAAUACAAUCUCUUCGCACGCUUCGAACGGAAAACCCAACCCAAAUAACCCAAGUAAAGAAAUAAAAAAACCUUAAACCAAAGCCCACAAAAUAAAAUGAAUCCUAGAAUGAAUGGCAAAAUUUAAUUCAGUAAAAUUCCCCAAACAAAAAAAGCAAACACAUUUCCAAUAGUUCGUUGCAAAUAAUAAAUAAAUAAUUAAAUAGUAUAGUGAACUAAAAUCGUAGGGGGGGAAAAUAAGAAACGU